AUGGAUCCUGAACGCAAAAUACCUUAUCCAUAUCAAAUAGUUCCUUACUGUAUACGGUUCUUUGGUUUAUCAUCCAAUCUAUUGGUCAAUAACGAAAAACAUGUCAUUCAUGGAAUAUCAAUUACAUUCGAAACAUUACGAAGAGAAAAUAUAACGAGCCAACAAUUAUAUUUAUUAUCUGCAUCAAUUGAUGUUGUUGAACGAUAUCAAGCAUUUCUCGAAAGUUCACAUUCAUCUUUAUCAACACAAGUAUUUAACAAUUGUUCAAAACCAUGGUUUGGUGAAUAUUGUCAAUAUUCAUUUAAUUUGACAUGGUCAUUCGACAAGAUUGUACGGAAUUAUUUCUCUGAUAUUAAGCUACAAGCUGGUAACUCAUUUACGGCCGAAACAUGUUAUACAUUCAUAGAAUGUAAUCGGGGUCCAUCACCAUCUUGUCUCGAUUGGCGUGAAAUAUGCGAUGGAAAGAUUGACUGUUUGAAUGAUGGUCGAGAUGAAAUUGAUUGCGAGAAGCUAGACUUAAAUGAAUGUGAAGAGGACGAGUUCCGUUGUAGCAAUGGAUUUUGUAUUCCGAAAGAACUUUUCAAUGAUGAUCCCUUGACUCCAGAUUGCAUCGAUCGUUCGGAUGAAAAGUAUGAUCAGAAAGAAUCUAGCAAUUUUGAUCAUCGACUAAGUAAAAUUUGUAAACGUGGAAUUCUUAUCUAUGUAAAUAAUUUCACAGAAAACUAUUGUUUAUGUCCGCCAGCCUAUUUUGGAUAUCGAUGUGAAUAUCAAAAUCAACGAGUUAGUCUCGCAUUACAGUUUCGAACAGUUGAAUGGCGAACGGUAUUCACUUUUGUUAUCAUGCUUGUUGACGAAAAUACAAAUAUUCAUUCUUCGGAACAAUAUGAUUAUGUGUCCUUACGUGAUUGUCGAAAAAAAUUCAAUUUCUAUCUUCUUUAUUCAACACAACCAAAAUAUGUCAAUCAAACUUACUAUGUACGUAUUGAUAUUUACAAUAAAGAAAAAAUGGAGUAUUAUGAUACUAUGUUCUAUCCUAUUCGAUAUUCAUUCUUACCAGUACAUCGUCUUGCACUACUAGUCGAUGUUCCUAUACGAGAUGUUGCCACCGUAUCGAAAAAAUGUCUUUUGAAAUGUUUACAUGGACAAUGUAGAUAUUUUUCAAAUUUCGAUAAAUACUUCUGCCAAUGUUUGAAUGGCUAUUCUGGAAUGUUAUGUACAAUAAAGAAUUCAUGUGAUUGUUCACCAGAUUCGAUAUGUGUUGGAAUUGUGAACAAUCGAUCGAUUUGUAUUUGUCCUCUUGAUAAAUUUGGACCACGUUGUUAUUUGAAAAGAACGGGAUGCAUCUCGAAUCUAUGUUCUAAUAGUAGUCGAUGCAUUGCUAAUGAUGAAACAUAUUCCGAAACGGAAUAUUAUUGCCUUUGUUCUCAAGGUUACAUGGGUUCAAGAUGUGAAAAUCCCGAGACAAAAAUUGAAUUUCUUUUUGCUAAAACUAUAUCGAUUCCACAAACGAUGUUUAUUUAUUUUAUCUAUAUCCCAUCAAUAUCUAAGUCAUAUUCUUCGCCACCUGCUGAUCCACCACAGAUAAUCAUGGUUUCAAAAUUAAAGUUUUACGAAAGUUCUUCUUUUGUUUAUUUUGGAGGAGAAUUUCAUAUAAUUUUUGUAAAAAUUCAUCAACAUUAUUAUCUUGCUCUACUUCGACAUAAUUCUACAUUAGGAAUCAAUAUUUCUACGACAAUUAUUCCUGAACAUCGUUGUUUAUCAAUCAAAGACCUAUUCACUGAUAAUAUUCCAAUCUUGCCACGAUGGCAUCGUGCAAAACAUUAUCAUAUUCCAUGUCAAAAACAUUCAAAUUUGGUAUGUUUCUAUGAUAAUGAUUUUUUCAUGUGUCUAUGUGACAUUGAUCGAAAUGCAAAUUGUUUCAAAUUUGACUAUCGUCCUCUUUACAAAUGUUUUGGAUAUAAUUAUUGUGAAAAUGAUGGUCAAUGUCAUAUAGACAAUAGCACUUGUCCAACAUCAUCGUCAUGUUUUUGCAAAGAAUGUUAUUAUGGUAGUCGAUGUCAAUUUACUACAACAGGAUUUGGCCUAUCACUUGAUGAUAUUCUUGGUUAUAAUAUUUGGCCUAAUAUUCCUUUCUCACGACAACCGAAAGUAGUAAAAAUCAGUACAGCUUUAACAGUAGUGAUGUUUUUUAUUGGCAUUAUCAAUGGUCUUUUAUCGAUGAUUACUUUUCAAACGAAGCGAUCACUUGCAAUUGGUUCUGGUCUUUAUCUACUUGCAUCAGCAAUAACAUCUUUUCUAACAAUGACAAUAUUUGCUCUCAAAUUUUUAUUCUUACUUCUUUCUCAAAUGUCAAUAAUUACCAAUUAUUCUUUUCUUUUAUCGAACUGUAUUUGUAUAGACAUGUUUUUGAAAGCAUUUUCAACAAUUGGGCAAUGGUUAAAUGCAUGUGUAAGUGUUGAACAAGUAUUCAUUGUUCGAUUUAGAACUAAAUUCAAUAAACUUUUUAAACUUAUUGGAAAAGAAGCAUUUACAAUUGCUAAACAUCAUUGUACAAUUAAUAUUGAUGUUGUUAGCAGUUUUGUCUAUGAAUAUUCACUAGACGUUGAUGGAAAACCAUUAGAAAAAUUUAGUGAAAAACGUUCGAAAAUAAGUCGAAUGUGGACACUAACACUAUAUAGAAAGAAUUAUCGUAUUGUUUUAGAAAAAGAUACACUUGAUCUAUGGGUUAACGGUCAACGUAUUGAAGCUGAUGCCACAUUUGAAGAUGAAGGAGGUGAAAUAGUUUUUGACAUUGGACGUCAUCAAGCAAAUCUAAAAGCUGUUUCGUCAGGUAAUCCUCGUUUGGAAAUUAACCAUGUUUUGUUUGUUGAUGAAGUUGAAAUAUCACAAGAAAGUGAAUACGAUAACAAUUAA